CAAGAGUGGGGAAACUCCUUGGCUUGUGAACAAGAGAAUGGUUGCAAAAACGUGGACACUGUGGCUUCUCCUGGUGUGGAUGGUGUUGUCCCUGGGCAGCUGUCAGCACUGGUCGUUCGGGCUGAGCCCAGGGGGAAAGAGGGAAUUGGAUGGCUUUCCAAACACGCAGGACAGGACAUUUAAGGGUUUAGCGCACAGGGAUGCACCUGACAGCGUUCUGGGCUGUGCAGAGAAAUCACCGUUUGCUAGAAUCUACAGAAUGAAUGAACUUCUUGCACAUGUUGCUGAGAGGGAACACAGACACCAAGCAGUCAUACAAUGAUUUUGAUGCAUUCAUAUUUCACAGGCUGUUGCAUAGCAUGAUAUCCUGUUUAUCCAAAUAAUGAGUAAAAGCUUCAGAAUAUUUUGCUUCACUCUCUCACUCUUUUGGGAAUUUUGGUUUUUGCAAAAAAAAAAAAACUACG